AAACAGCAAGCAGUAAACUAUGGUAAGGAUCCGGCCCUGUAUCUUAAUAAACACUUUCAAUCAAUAGUGUCUAGUGUCUUCGGCAAAACGGACAGGCUCGGAGUUUAAGUGUUGUGAUAAUAGGCGCCGCGAUCAGAUUCUUAGGAGAAGGGUUUUCCUGUCGACAUCAAUGCCCUUAGAAAUGAUUUCAUGUAAUACAGAAGACGAGAACCCUCAACACGAUUGCAAUGAAGCGUUAAGCAACUUAGCGGAGAGUGUUGGACACACACAGGCGGAUGGUGCCGACAAAACAAGUCUUCACUUUAACGUAAUUAGCAAGGUCAGUAUCGGUAAAGCAAUCAUAAAGCUGUGUGGAAACGAAGGUACAUCGGACGAUUCAGGACUUCGUCGGCUACUGCAAGCGGUCAUUGACUACAUUCCUACCGAAAAGGACCAAUCUGUCUGGACAAAUGCGGAGGUUGAGAUUUAUGACGUCAACUUCAAACGAUACACUAUCACGUCGGGAAAUGGUGACCGAAAAUUCUAUGCUUCGUAUGACGAACGUAACUCUCCCAUCGUAGUUCGCGAAAGCAGACACAUUUCUUGGUUCAAAAGCGUCAAGAAUUUCUUUUCUUUCAAGAGUAAUUCAAAGUGACAAACAUUUGAAUAAUAAUGCAAUUAUCUUUCAAGACUAACGGAAAUAUUGUAUUCUACCCAACAUCUUAGUUCAAUACAUACCUGGAGAUCCAAUGUUAAGCCUUUCAUGAUUCUGUGUAUGUAGCUCACUUUUGGAAUGGACUUUUACAAAAACUAUUUACAGUCAUAAACUAUAAUUGAUAUGGUUUAAUUAUAUGAUUGCAAAACAAAGUGAUCUAUACAGUACAUAUAUUAUAAUUUUACCUCACCGUUCACGUACAUAAUAAAGAAUGUAAAUAAUUACAAAUCUAAAAUACUUUUGAAAAUGCACAUGUUCGAACUUCAAUAUAGACUUAAUGGCGCAAUCAUAACAUACUCGAGUUCAAUUGUACAUAGACGAGAUAUAAAUAUGUAGUUAUAUACAAUGAUAUUAAUUAUAUUUGCAUUCACAAAAUUGGAAAGAUAUGAAUAAAUCUCAUUGAUU